GACGGCAUUUUAGCAAGCGAACAUCCUUCACUCCUCGGCGAGAACCACCGGGCAAGAAGGCUGCAAACACUUCACACUUUCAAAAGCCGUCCUCCAAAACGUCAGACUCCAUCAGCUCGCUUGCCCGAUAGAACCGACCACCCUAAACAAUGUAAUAGUCUCUCCCUUCAGAUUUCCCUCCGUCGGUUUCAUCAGUCUCGCCUCACCAAGUGCUCACUGCUCAGCUGGCGACGCCCUUUAUCUCUCUCACGAUCGCCGCUGGCCGCUCAGCCUCCCUCUGCUCGCGCUCGCCACUCGCCGCUCAUUCUUCCCUCUUUCUCUCUCGCCGCUCAUUCUGGAGCUCUCACCUCCCUCUCUCGCUCGACGCUCAGUCCCUCACUAGUCGCCGUCGUCACGCAGGGAAGCCUCUGUUUCUUGGCACACAAAUACGAGACAAAAAGAGGGAAGCUGUGUUUUGUGUAUCAAGUGGCGGUGAAGUAGUUCUUUGCUGUGCUCGUUGGAAUUGCUAUGAUUGCAGGGCAUGAACAAGACUUUUUCAUUAGGGUCUCUACACGCCAAGCACAAGCCCUCUGGCUCGGAAGCAACAGGCUUCAUUACAAUAGACGCUUCAACGGCUCUCCAAUGCUUGCUGAUUGAGUCAACUCACCGGGUUUAACCACAACACUCCAAAACACUUGAGGGAUUGAGUGUUUUUGUGGUGCAGAGAGACGUUGCCAGUUGCCACCAUUAGCGCAAAUCUUGAGCCUCAUCUGAGAAUUCAAUCUUGCCCUUGUAAUGGAGGGAUUGAAGGUAUCGGAUGCGAACUUGGUGGUGUUCCUUCAUCCCUCGAAGAGCAACCGAGUGUCUAAGGCAGUUCUCCAUGAGCUCAGCUCUCACCUUUUUCAGUUUAGUGAAAUUUUUGAUGGAGUAUUAUUGGCUUAUGACGUUGAUAUUGUCGAUAGAAAUGCAAAGCUUCUUUCAGGGAUCCACCCAUACAUUGGUGUGAGACUUAAAGCAAAACUGCUGCUAUUUUCUCCCAAGCCAAAUAUGUUAAUAGAGGGAAAUGUUGUAAAACUUACACCAGAAUCCAUUCAUGUCAUUGUCCUUGGAUUUGCAUCUGCUGUAAUAAUUGAUGAAGACGUUCGUGAAGAAUUUGAAUAUAGAACUAAGCAUGGUAAGGAAGUAUAUCGCAGCAAAGCUCACAGGCGACACGUUAUAGAGGUUGGAACCAUGGUACGCUUUUUAGUUAAGAGUUUGGACCGGGAAAUACUGCACAUUUGUGGUUCCCUAGAACCAUCCAACACAGGAAGCAUUCAUUGGUUGGAUCAGAAUUUUGGGGAACUGUCCCUCAUAGAUAGGAGUGGUACGAAAAGAGAGCGCGAGAAUGAAAUGAAGAUGCAGGAGCAUGCUGUUGUAGGAGGGGAAGAAAUCUCCUUAGGCAAUGACCAAAGUAAAAAGUCCAAGAAACGAAGAUUAAGAGAAGAGUCUUAGACAUGGGUUUUUGUCAAGUGCGGGUUGUUUCAUUUGCUUACCAUAAUGUCAUCAAAGUUUGUGAUGCUUGUGAUUUUGUCAGCGAUCUUUCUUUC